AUGUGGCGUGCCAAUAUUUGCACCAUGACGCUUCAAAUAAGGGAUCCAGAUGUGUGCCAGGUGCGAUUAGACUUCAUUGAUUUUGAUCUAGAUCAGCCAACAUUGGGCGACUGUCUAGGCGACAAGUUUCGUAUAUCGUCGUCGGGUUCCGGAACGGGACAAAUCCCGGUCCUUUGCGGCCGAAACACUAACCAACAUGUCUAUGUACACGUACCAAAUGGCGGGUCAACCACAAGAACCGUGAUCAUAAUAUUUGAUACUAACUCAAUCGGCGACUAUCGGUGGCAGAUUAAGUACCAUACGGAACCUACGAAGGUGAUUGAGUCAUUCAAUUAUGGUCAGCAAUACCUAAACAACUUAGACUACGGGCUGUGCGUAGAGCGGGCGCCCAACACGUGUCGAGUCACUUACCGGGUGGCCGGCGAUAGGGAGUGGUCUCUGGACAGCGCACAGGCGGCCAAAGAUAGGUCAGCGGUGGGCGACCAACAAUGCGCCGGCGAUUAUCUACUCAUACCGGGCGGGUCCGAGACGGGUGACCCGCCCACCGCUGACCGCUAUUGCGGCGGGCGUUUUAAUUGGCUGCCCGGGGCUGUAAUUGACGCCCCCGUUGUGUCAAAAGCCAAUGGUAUGAUAGCGCUAAGAUUCCAUUCGGACACUUUUCAAGAUCCAGGCUUUGCCCGGGGCUUUCGGGUUCGUUACGAGCAGAGUUCAACUGGGUGUGUUUGA